UCGUCAUAAACUUAACCCAUAAUAAUCACAACCGUAACACUACAUUACUUCUGGAAACCAGAAAGACCGGUCGUUUCAUAUUCAACCGCUUAAAAAUAAAACCCCUUAAAGUAAGGAGCCAAUGAGUCAUGACAACUUUAGGCCUAUAUAAUUAUAAGGAUCAUCAUAAAAUAACGACAAAUAACUCUAGAUGAUGCAGAAGCCAAGAAACAUAAAAGAAAUCACUGAUCUCUGAAGCCAGCAACACAGAGCGAGAUGCAGAGAAUCGGACUGGAUCAGGUAGAGGUGGUAGAAGAGGUGAUGCAGAGAAUCGGACUGGAUCAGGUAGAGGUGGUAGAAGAGGUGAUGCACGUGGAGAAGGAGCUAGGGGAAAUUAGUACUGAACCCAAAAUGUUUCAUGGGAGAAGAUCAGCUUUUAAAGUAAACAGGAGGGACACCAAACAAGAAGUAUGCCAGGAUCUGGACCCGUUACUGCUGAUGACUGGACCUAACAACUUGGUUAGAAGAACUUCAGUUGCUCUUCAGAAAGUGCAACAAAAGCACCGAAUAGACCUGGCAGCUAAACGUGCCGGAAUAAAACGAUGUAGAGAACGAGGUUUGCGGAUGAUAAAACACGAUGCUCGUAUAGGGGUGGGGUUUGACUUUAAAGCUGGGGGUAUUUUCGAGGACAUGACCUUCGAGAAAGAGCGUACUCUAUUACAGCUGUGGGAUUUAUAUCGUAAUGGAUACACCCCCGACCAAGUACUGGCCACGAUGUACGUUCCAAUAAUAGUGAUUGAUAACGGUGGAAGAGUGAGGUGUAAAGCAGAGCGGGGUGCACUGGACGAGACGAUGAUCAGUGAACUUAGAGCCAGAUAUCAGGGAAUAAAGGAGGAGGACAUGAUACAGCGAGAACAAAACGAAGCAGCACGGUACAACGAUCUACACGGUAUCUCUAGGUUAGGAGCGAUCAGUGCUAUGGGGAGUAAUCUUCUCGAUACUGUGUCUGGGUCCCCCAAACAUAGCCGGCCUCAUAGCAUGCUGUCUCAUCAUAAAGACAGUUCGUUCAAUCGAAGUACUGAAGAGUGGACAGAGGGAGACGGGGAGAAUUUGCUGUCAGGAGACCAGAAUUUCAGAUAUCCCUGUCCAAUAAUUUACUACUGUUGUUAUACGUGUCUGAAGACUGAGGACUGAUAACAUUGGCACGUGACGGAUAACGUGUUAACGUUAUCACUUGAUACUGUUAAAUUUGACACGUGUUCUUACAAUUUGUUUUAAAGUGUGAUUGCAGCUUUCUUAUUUUGAGCAAAUCAAAAGGAUUUAAUGUUUUUUUUGUGUGGGAGAUAGUUUUGUGUGGCAGAGUAUUUGUUAAGUUACAGUUUAUUGAAUGUCGUGACCUUUUUUCAAAUGUUUUACAAAACAUAAUUAAAUGUACUUAUCUCGAAGCUGUUAGAGUGUUUAAUAGAGAAGCGAGACGAAUAGUUUGUAAAUAAACCCUUAUCCGCAUAUUUUCAAG